CUUAACAAACAGUGAUAAAAUUCUAUUCGAUAUUUAAAUUCAAAUGUUUUCUGAAAAAGUAUUUCCUAUUAGAUCAUCUUUUGUUUUGAGAUAAAAUUUAUAUUGUUCUAAAUUGUGAAGUUUUAUAAUUUAUUAUAAGAUACAUUAUUCAAUGUUUUAAUUAAGUUUAUGCCUAAUUAUAGAAAUUUCCGGUGUAAAAAAGUGGAAUUAGGAAUGGUUCUUUAUUGUUACUUGUUCUAAAUAGGCGUAUGUAUUUUAUAUUUGGUUAUUUUGUUGAGUGAAGUCUUUGGAGCAACACAAAUAAGUAAGAUGACUAUUCACAAUUGUAAAGCGAAAACCUAUGCAGAACUGACGAAGGAUUCAAAGAAGCUGCUGGACGUCAGCACCAGGGAUGCUUAUGAAGAGGUGAAGAAUUGCGGAGUGUCUCCACAAGCCCUGGAAGACAUGGUCGCCAAUAUCCGGGAGUGGUAUGAUAAGCAGCCGCAUUUGCCUAAGGGGGAGCUUCACAACGAAGUAAUAGUUCGCCGUCUCAUCACGCAAAAGUUCAGCAUAGAAAGAGUGAAAGAGAAGAUUGACAACUACUACACAGCGCGACAUAAGAUGCCCGAAAUAAUAUGCAAUAGGGAUCCCUUGUCCCCAAAUCUAAAUAAAUGUUUAAAACAGGGCUAUUGGGUUUGUUUACCCAAGAAGACCCCAGACAAUAAGAGAGUGAUAAUUUUCAGGUCUUUCCCCAUCCCAGAAGUUCUAACCGAAGUGGUCAAGAUAGCCUUCAUGAUCGGCGACUACCGUCUGUGGAGCGACGACAUGGGCGGUGACCACUGGAUCUUCGACUUCCGAUACAUCACGCUGCAACAGGCCAUGCAGUUCACGCCCAUGCUGAUCGUUAAGAUCAUGUUCUUCUUAAAUUACUGCUUCGGUCCAAAAGUAGUGGGGAUGCAUUUAGUCAACCUACCCCCGUUCGCUGCAACAGUGUUGAGUUUAUUCAAGAAGUCCAUGAAAGCCAAGAUGGUUGAAAGAUUAUACACGUAUGACAGAUUUGAACAACUCUAUGAUAUUGUCCCAAAGAAUUUAUUCCCAAAAGAAUAUGGAGGUGAUGAGGUAUCUUGUGAAGAGAUUACAGAAAACUGGAGGAUCGCCUUCCAAUCUUCUCCAUGGAGGGAGUACUUCAUAGAACAAGAUAGUAUCAAAACUGACGAAUCCAAAAGGCAUGGUCCCACUAAAGUGGAUGAAAUGUUUGGUGCCACUGGUUCAUUCAGGAAGCUCGACUUCGACUGACUUCCUUUUACAAUAAAAU